ACUGUCUUUAAACACCAUGGUGAAAUGUUAACGGAGAAAAGAAGUGAGAAUGGUUUUCGUGUUGUGCGUCGGGGAAGGAGGUUUGGUCGAUUUUAUAGACAGAGAUCGUGGCAUUGGGUGUUUUUCCUUGCUGCACUCUUUUUGAUGUGUUCUGUUCCCUUUGCCUUAAAAUUCUUUUCUCAUGGUAAGUUGGAAAGUAGGGCAUUAAAUACGCAAGAAGUGCAAGAAGUAACUUCUGAUACUGUAAAACCACGAAGCAAUCGCACUAGGCGGUAUUUUGCCUGCAUAAUCGGAUUCUCAGAGUCAGUUACUGAGAUUGUUGAGCUCAAAGAUUUUAUGAAUUUCUCUAAAUUUUCACUAGACUACAUUGAGAAGGAAGAUAAACCUUCUACAACCAACUUUUUUGAACCUAGAUUUGGAGGACAUCAGAGUCUUCAGGAAAGAGAAAAAUCCUUCUAUGCGGAAAAUCAAACUCUUCAUUGUGGAUUUGCUAAAGGACAGCCUCAAUUUCCAAGCACUGGAUUUGAUUUGGAUGAAAAGGAUAGGACAUACAUGAAUACUUGUAAGGUUGUGGUAUCUUCUUGCAUCUUUGGGAGCUCUGAUUUUCUGAGGAGGCCUACCAGCCGGAUGAUUAGUGAAUUUUCCAAGAAAAAUGUUUGUUUUGCCAUGUUUGUGGAUGAGCAAACACUAUUAACACUGUCUUCAGAGGGUAGCAUUCCUGAUGACGAAGGACAUAUUGGUUUGUGGAGAAUUGUUGUUGUUAAGAACUUACCAUAUAAGGACAUGCGGAGAACUGGAAAAGUGCCAAAACUUUUAUCACAUCGUCUCUUUCCUUCUUCUAGGUAUUCAAUUUGGCUUGACAGUAAGAUGCGACUUCAGGCUGAUCCAAUGCUUAUAAUUGAAUUCUUUUUGUGGAGAACAAGGUCUGAGUAUGCCAUUUCCAAUCAUUAUGAUCGCCACUGUGUCUGGGAAGAGGUAGUUCGAAAUAAGCUUCUGAAUAAGUAUAACCACACGGCCAUUGAUGAACAAUUUAUAUUUUACCAGUCUGAUGGCCUCACCAAGUUUGAGCCUUCUGAUCCAAAUACUCCUCUUCCAAGUUAUGUUCCUGAAGGUUCUUUUAUUGUCCGGGCUCAUACACCAAUGUCAAAUUUAUUUUCAUGUCUCUGGUUUAAUGAAGUUGAUCGAUUUACAUCGCGUGAUCAAUUAAGCUUUGCAUAUACGUACUUGAAAUUGAGGAGAAUGAAUCCAGAAAAACCUUUCUACCUGAAUAUGUUUAAGGAUUGUGAACGUAGGCAGAUGACAAAGCUAUUCAAGCAUCGGCAACUAUCACCUCCAUCUGUUACUUAAGGACUGGAGUAAAUCAAUCUAUGUAGGACUUAUCUUGGAGGUGAAGAAUACAAAUUCUACAUCAAUCGCCUUCUAUAAUGGACCUUUUGAGCUUGACACUAACAAACCCUGGUCCAGUUUCUUUAUUCAAAAUUGGUUAGGUUAAUCGUACAGCUCUUUUGUAGCUUUCUGUUUCUUUAAUCUGGAGAUGUAAUUAGUUUGGUCAUAAAACAUAGUGCGAUGCUGCUAUUAAUUGAGAAAGAAUCUAGAAGGCAGGUUCGCCAUUUUGUGGGCUCUACUGAAAUUCUGAAGGCAACUGGCAGACAAGAAAGUAUAAAGAUUUUGAACUUACAAUUGUUGGGUGACUAAUGAAUUUAUUUGGCAGACUGCAGAGAUAGCGGUAGAAACUUAUGUGGAUCUUCAUAGCCCCAAAGACUGAAAGAGAUGAAAAAAACUGAAAGGAUUGCAAAAUGAAACAUAGUUAGUAGUCUAUUUCUUCAUUUUGCAGAUGUUGAUAAUAUCCAAAUUUAAUGAUCAAAUAGCUCUUGAGCAUUGCGAAGAAAGCCAGGAAGAUUCUGGUAAGAUAUUCUUACAUUUUUCUUUAACCCUCUUUGUAAGUGUUUGGAGGAGGCAAGUGUUGCUGUUAAAAUUUUUGAGUUGAGCGAAUAUAUGAUAUAUUUUUUUAUUUUUUGCCACAGUAAUUUCAGUUUGUUGUUUUUGUACAUGACAGUCAUCCACUAUGGCAAUUCCAUGUUUAUGUAAGAGGAAUAUUUGUUUUUGAAGUUACCAUGUAUUUUGUUCAUGGUUAUCAUGCUUCUUUGGGAGAUUAUAAUUUGUAACAGUAUAAUGAGCGUGCAAUUUUUGUUAUAAUUGAAGAAUUUGACCAGUAGUUUAUUGACUCACUGAAUCUUUUUA